AUGGGAAACAACUUGAGCCUUAGCUCAGGCACUGAGAUGGAGCUGGUGCAUCCCUAUAGUGAACAACGACUAGGCCUGUCUGAACCAGUCUCUUUCCUGUACAAGCUCUCCAGCUUUCUAAAAUAUGUCCCAGAUGUGGGUCCAGUACCUGGUAGGCGUAGCGGGAGCCUAAUCAAUGCCAGCGGGUUGAUCGACGAGCCCCUUGAGGGUGGGGCCCGGAGCGCGCCCCUGGGGCUGGCUAGCACGGCGCGUGGGGUGUGGGGUGGAGGGUCCAGUCCGGGGGUCGGGGCCGCGCGUUUCCGGGGCGUGGCCCGUGGAGCGAGGGAGGGUCUGCGGCCCUCCAGCCAGCCACGUGGCGGCCCGCAGGUUUCAGCCCCCCACCCCCAUUCAAACGAUGCGAAGGGGCGGCGCGGCUGCCCGAGUCCCACGAUGAGCAAGCGGCCCGCCCCGCCCCUCUAUUUCCCAUCCCUCUAUGACCGCGGCAUCUCGUCCUCCCCCUACAACGACUUCAACAUCUGGAAGAAGCUCUUCGUGCCGCUCAAGGCGGGGGCGGCGGCGGGGGCUGCGGGGCGCCGGGGCAGGGCUGGCGUCGGGGCCGGGGGUCGGAGCCUGGCCGCCCAGCAUCCCCCGGCUCCGCGCCCCCCGCCUGCCCCCGCCCGGCCUGGGGCCCUCUGAGCGAGCGCCCGUGCCCCCAGCCCUCGGCCGGCCGGCCUGGCCCCCAUCCCCUACGAGCCGCUGCGCUUCUUCUACUCGCAGCCUGCCGGCCCCGAGGGCGCCGCUCCGGCGCCGCCGCCCGCCCCCCGCCCCCGCCCCCGCCCGCCGCCGCCGCAGCAGCAGCCCCCAGUCCGGGGCCUCCGGGCGCCCCGGCUGACCCCCGCCACGGCCGCCGCCGCCGCCUCGCAGCCAGACGAGCUGUGCGAGCUGGAGAUCCGCAUCAAGGAGCUGGAGCUACUCACCAUCAGGGACGGCUUCGACUCCAAGCGCUAUAAAUUCCUGAAGGCACUAAAAGAUGAAAAGUUGCAAGGCAUAAAGAUGAGGCAGCACCUGAAGAAGUCCACGACGCUCUCCUAACGAGAUGUGGAAAGCUGCGUUACUGUAUCUCCGUAGCGUUAGAUGUUAUUGAGUAGAGAAUGUAUCCCGUUUCUUGCCGUUUCAGAUAUAACUAUUUUCUGUUCUUUAGUUCCUUACUUCUUUCCUGCUCCUAGGUGCACAUUACAAAUACAGCAUCAGCUUGUCUAGUAAGCCCCCUGGAGUUGCUCCUCUUUGUUAAUGCUGGUGGGUGUUGGCCAUCUUUUUGUGCCCCAAUGGGAUAGUUUCCUGGGCAUUUUGAUGAUCCGAGGAGGCCAGAAGAUGUUGCUGGCUUGUUUGCAUUAGGGGGUGCCUGGGAUUGGGGAAGGAGACUUUCGAGGGGAUCAGGAGUCCAAAGGCACCACCUUUAGGAGGGGCUGCUCCUUCUGGUUGAAGUGCUAGGAGGGGAGUGGAGAGAAUCAGGGGUGGGGGCCCAUCAGCAGACUUGAACAACCUCUGAAGUGGAAGGCGCUGGGACAGACAGAUCAGCCUUUGCCCUUGAACCCAGAGUUGGGCAACCUCUGUAGAGAGGCCAAGUGGACUUGUGGGAGGGGGACCAGAGGGAUAACAACACUGGGAAUAUCCUUUUCUCCUCGGGAAAAGGACAGAGUUGGCCUGGAUCAUUUAAUCAAUCAACAAGCAUUUAUUAAAUGCCUACCUACUAUGAGUUAGGCAAGUCCCUUUAACCUCUGUUUGCCUUAAUCCACUGGGGAAGGAAAUGGCAAACCACUCCAGUAUCUUUGCCAAUAAAACCCCAUG